AUGCAGUACAUGACCAUUGUCGCUUUCCUCGCCGCCACCGUUGCCGCUGGCCCAACCAUCAGGGCUUACCCUUCCAUUGACCAGAUCACGGUCGCUCAAGCCAACAAUGCUUGUGGAAACAACAUGCAGGUCACCUGCUGCAACAAGGUUACCAACACCCCUGCCGGCAACGCUGUUGGUAACGGUGCUGGUAUCCUUAACAACCUGAGCCUGUUUGAUCAGUGCUCCAAGCUUGAUGUUAACGUUCUGGCUAUUGCUAAUGGCCUCCUUAACAAGGAAUGCCAGGCAAACGCCGCCUGCUGUCAAAACAGCGGCGGUUCCGCCACCGGUGGUCUUGUCAACGUCGCCCUUCCCUGCAUCGCUCUGAGCAGCCUGCUCUAA